AUGAGAAGUUCUACUGAUGUUGAUCCCCCUGUCCACCCGCAGCAGGAUGAUGAUGGGAAGAAGGCCCUGAGCCAGCUGUUGAGGUUCCUUCUUUUCCUUGAUGAUUUGAACCUCCCGCGGAAGGAUCUCCAUGUUGAUGUUGAGAAUGUUGAUCUUUUUCUUUUGUGUGAGAAGAAUCCCCUUGUGUAUUCCCUUUUGAACCAGCGCGUGUCUCCCAAGCAUCCCCAUUCAGAUUCCACUGUUGAUACACCCGUUCCAAAGAAAGAGGUUAGCAAUGAGAAGAUGGCUGCUGCGGAUUCUACCUCAUAUACCUUGACAGAUCUCACAACGCCUACUACCGGAAUGCCUUGCUGA